AUGGUUGAUUGUCUUUCGUGGCAUAGUUUUUAUGGAAGUUUACGUUCGUCAAAGUCUUAUGUAAAAGAUCAUUCGAAGUCAAGAACUAGCAUUGCUAAAAGUAAUCUUGGCUUUGCAAGUCAUAAUGGACAAUUAGAAAAGAAACAAUGCAAUAGCAAUAAUAAUAACAACAACGGAAUCGUUCAAUUAACUGAUGAUGGAAAUCUUUUCCUUGAAUUUUAUAUUUUCAAUAUCAGUCGCGAACGAAGUAUCCAUCUAUGCAAGAAUCCGAAUGACAAACGAUUAUUAAUCUUUUAUAAUGUAUCCAAUGGAUUGUAUAAGAUCGGCGUUCGAAAUGUGUCAGUUGUGUUUCUUCUGAUUUUGCGAGCGCAUCUUCGUCCGUCGGAAUAUGGAAAUCAAACGUUAAUUCUUGGCGAGGAAAGACGCUUGUCAAUACGUUUAUACAAAGAAGAUGAUCCAAGGAGAACGGUGUUACGUCCAUUUCGUAUUCUGAGCGGAUCUUUGCAAUACUUUCGUAUUGUACCUCAAUCAUGGGCAGACAGAAUUGCAUUGAUGAAAGACGCUGGUUUGAAUACAGUUGAAACGUUUGUACCGUGGAAUGUUCAUGAACGUGAAGUGGGCAAAUAUCAAUUUGAUAAUUUGAUUAAAUUUUUGGAAUUAGUUCAUCAAAAUGAAAUGUUUACAAUCAUCCGUCCUUCGCCAUACAUUGGUGCUGAAUGGGAUUUUGGUGGUUUACCGAGUUGGUUACUAAGCGACGAUGAAAUGAUUGUUCGUAGUAACUAUCCCGGCUAUAUCAAGGCUGUUGAAAGAUAUUACGAUGCUCUUUUUCCAAUCUUAGCCAAAUAUCAAUACAACCGUCGUACUGGUGGUUCAAUCAUAGCUUUUCAGAUCGAACAUGAAUAUGGAAGUUAUUCCCAAGAUAAGGCUUACUUAGAAAAACUCCGCUCGAUGUAUGUCAAGCACGGUUUAGAUGAGAUCUUUUUCACUUCCGAUGCUCCACGAGUUCUCCAACAAGGAACAUUAGAUAACGUCUGGGCGACAAUCAAUUUCCAACGAGAAGUAACAACGCGCGUUGAUAAAUUGAUUGAAUUUCGUUCCGAAGCGCAUGUGAUGAUUACGGAGUAUCGGACAGGAGCGUUUGAUGAAUGGGGUAAACCACAUCGUACUGGUGAUCAAACACCGUACAAUGCGGACGAACUAGAAUUAGAUGUCGAAGAAAUUCUCUUGACUGCGCAGUACGAAAUUUCCGUGAAUUUCUAUAUGUUUUGCGGUGGUACGAAUUUUGGAUUUACGGCUGGUGCCAAUCAUUUCGAAAUGAAACAUUAUGUCUCUACUGUCACAUCAUACGAUUAUAACGCACCGAUUUCUGAAUCGGGUGACAUGACAGGAAAGUAUCAUGCGAUACGGAAUGUUCUGAAGAAAUUCUAUGAACAGAAUCCGACAUUGGUGAUUUAUAACCAUGAACGGACAGCAGCGGAUACGUUUGAACCAAAAGAUUUAACCGAUCCGAAGAAGAUCGCGUACGGAAAGGUGAAAAUAACAGAUUAUAAAUCUUUUGAACAAAUUCUUGAAGAUUCUGCCAUUGGAACGAAGUAUCAAUCCGAAACUGGUCCACUAGGAAUGGAAGAUUUGAAGAAGACUACGAUAACCGAAGGUUAUAUUGUUUAUAUCAAUAAAGAAAUUCCCGAAUUGAUUAAAGCUGCUGAUCAACAUACGAUCUCGAUACCUGAAGUCGCCGACAGUGUGACGAUUUUAGUCGAUGGUGAAAAUGUUUACUAUGCCAAUCAAACAUCGUAUGCGAUUGAAAAUGAAAUUCCCGCUGAGACGAAAGUGUUGACAAUUUUUGUUGAAAACCUCGGACGAAUCAAUUAUGGGACUGGAUUGGACUACAGUCGAAAGGGAAUAUUGAACAAUGUUCUCUUAGAUAAGAAGAUCGAAUUGAAAAAAUGGCUGAUGGUUUUAUUAGAAUUCGAUCGAGGUCUGACUGGUGUCACUGAUUGGAAACCAUUUGUUCGAAGUGAAGAUAGUACAACAAGUCAUCUUGCUCGUGGCCCGAAACUGUUUCGUGGCUCAUUCACUAUCGAAGAAAGUCAGGAAAUCGAAGACACAUUUCUCGCUCCCGGUCCGCGUUGGGGUAAAGGUGUGGCAUUUGUUAAUGGACACAAUUUAGGAAGAUACUGGAAAAUUGGCCCACAGAAAACGUUAUACAUUCCGAAGCAUUUUCUUGUCAAAGGAAUAAACUAUAUUUACCUGUUUGAAACGCAUCAUUAUGGACAAGAAGUGAAGCUAGUGGAUAAACCGAUUCUUGCGGCAUAUUAA